UCCUCUUAAAUCAAAAUGAACUCUUGCUGGAGAACGUUUGUGGCUAUUGCUCUCAUCUGGGCAAGUGAAGUGUUUCUAGUGCACGCGGAUGGCAAUUCGACUGCUGAAAAAUCGACGACUCCAAAAGUAACAACGUCACUUCCACCCAAAGACGAGGAUUUGCUGGGCGAUACUUACCAACCAACCCAGAACUAUUGUGUUCCAAAGUUGUGCGAGAAGAAAGCACAUGUAGCUUGUGAACGACACAAAAAGCGCAAAUUAAUAUCUGAUUAUUUUGGCAAAGCAUGUCCCAGGGCUGCACGUUGGUUGCCCUUGGAGGAUGACACCAAGACAUUGAUACUGGACACCAUAAAUGGGAUGCGCGAUAAGGUGGCACAUGGUGGAUUCGAUGCCUUUCUGCCCGCCAUUCGCAUGGCCUCCGUGCAGUGGGACGACGAGUUGGCGCACAUAGCCAAGUACAAUGUGCUGAAAUGUCGAUUGCAUCGCGAUCAUUGUCGCAAUACCGCCAGGUACAAGAAUGUUGGACAGACGGUUGCCUUUCGUGAAGUGCGUCCCGGGAGAGGUGACACGACCGAUACAGCCAUUGUUCGUAUGAUCCAAUUGUGGUUCAAAGAGCACGAAGUAGCGACAAUGGCCGAUAUGGAAGCGUAUAAAGGCAGACAUGGUCGACCUAGAGAAAAUUUCUAUCAACUGAUGAUGGAGAAUUCCCACAAAGUGGGCUGUGCCACUUUGCUGCAGAUGAAGAAUGGUUGGAUGAAAUGGUUCUUAUGCUGUAAUUAUGCUCACGGAGCAACCCUUGGCAAGCCGAUCUAUAAGUCGAGCCUUAAAUCUGGCAUCGGCUGCCAAACAGGAAAACAUCCUGAAUAUGAGAAUCUUUGCUCCCCGGAGGAACUUUACGAUGAACAAACUGCGUCGACAAAUUCAACUACAUCCCCAAAUUCAGCUGUGGUUAAAAGUAGAACCAACAAUCCCAGUCCAGAGGAGGCAACUGCUGAGACAGCUAAUCCAGAUGAUCGCGUAGUAACAACUGGUUAUCAGAAUGAUACGCAGAGUCUCGCUGGCCCAAAUAAUCUUUCUGGCAACAAAAGAGAUGUUAACAUUAACUUUAACUUUUUUUUUGUUUUCUUUAGAAGCCGCUCGUCGCCCAAGGAGCGACGAAUUGAGAUCAUCACCAGUAACCACGAAGUAGACGUUGAGGUCAUACCAGAAAAGUACCAACAAAUGGAGCGAAUGGUUCGACGAUCCAAACGCUUAAGAAGUGCCAAGCGCAAACAUGGUGCAUCUCAUCAUGCACAUCAUCGGAGAGCAAAGCAUUAAAAACAUAUUUCGAUGACACAAUAAUCUUGUUAAACACAUUCGAAUCAAUUUAAUAACAACGUCUGUAAAUAAAGAAAGUUACUAUCAUUUGUUGACUGCAAUAGAC